ACUCUCUACAACCCAUUAUCUCUCUUUCUGUCUCUGUGUCUCACUAGUAUUUAUAAAGUGGUCCUAUUGAUCUCUUCCCCAUCUACAACCACAAGAAACCCCUGAAACAUUCUUCUCCAUUUCCAUCUUAAAAUUAUGGGAGAUCUUCCUAACAACCCUGAUCUUCAAAACCCAGAAGAGUUCCAACAAGAAGAAGAAGCAGAAGAGGCACUCUCUCUUUGUGACCUUCCACUCAGCCUCAACAACAAACAAAACAUUAUUUUCGACAACAACAACAACAACAAUAACAACAACAACAACAACAACAACCACAACGACAACAGCAAUGAUUCCAUCGACUUCUUCGAGUUCUUCAGCGACCUCAGCUACUCUGAAAAUAUGUGUUCAGCUGAAGACAUUAUCUUCUGCGGAAAACUCAUUCCUUUCAAAGAACAACAAUUCUCUCAUCCCACUCCUCAAACACCCAAAAUCACCAAUGAAAACCAAACCAAACAAACCUCCCUUCGACGAAGAUCCGAGUCUUUAUCAAAGCUACAAAGCCCCGUAACUCGAUCAAACAGUAUUAACACCAAGCUCAUGAGGAACAGUCGGUCUUUAGAUUAUAGAAAACUCAACCCAAUUUCACACUCACCACCAGAAACCAUAGAAAGAAACUCUUCGGUUAAGAGCGUUGGAAGUAAGUCAGAGAUAUCUCUGAAGAAAGCGGCAUCGUCAAGGCCUCGUUGGUACUUCUUCAUGUUUGGAAUGGUGAAGUUUCCUACAGAGAUGGAGCUUAGUGACAUUAAGAACCGCCAGGUUCGCCGGAACCAACCACAAUCAAUGAUUUUUCCAGUAAACCGGAGCUCCGUUGCCGGUAAGGGAUCUGGGUCUUGGAAGUUGCUCAAAGCUUUGAGCUGCAAAGAUCACGCUAGUGUGGCUGUAACGGCAUCGUUUUGUGUUCCACGUGUUUGAGCUUUUCAAAAAAUUAGUUAGUAUAUCCGAAGAACGCUGAUAUGGUACUCUCUUCUCUCAUAUCGAUAGUGAAUUCAAUUAGUGAAAUUAACUAUCCAUAGAAGGGGUAUCACAUUAGUGCAUUUUGGAAUACUGUAUAAUUACUCGAGUGUGAUUAUAACUUUUUGGACGUUUUUA